UCAUCGUUCGCUCUCUCACACUCACUUUCUCUGCCCUCUUUUUCUUUUCUUUCCUCUUACUGAUUUCGGUGGAAAGAACGGAGGAGCGAAAAAAGGCGGAGGUCGGUAAAAGGGGCGAUUCUUUCUCCGUUUCCUCCUCCUUCCACUCUCUUCAAUGCCUUCCUUCAUCCAAUAAGCGCGUGAAGGAAGGUAUCUUUGGGGAUCAAGAAAGAGAGGUAUUUUCAAUGGCCGACCGCAGUCGUGCCUUCUGUAUCGAAGAGCUGCCUGCGCAUUUAAUUCUGGAGAUAUUGAGCUGUGGGCGUCUAGGUGCUGUCGACCUUGCGAGCUUGGAGACAACUUGUCGAAUGUUUAGUGGUGCUCAUGGGCUUCUUCCCAACAAAUUCCGGUCCAUGGUUGAGUUUGCUGCAUUCCACAUUUGUAUGACACACACUAUAUUUGGUUCUCUCCCACAGAGUGCACGUACAGACCUUCUUGGUCGCUGUCAUGGGAAUUGGAAGAAGGUUCUGAGGUUCUUGCAGUCUGUGGAGCAGUCUUCCUGCAGUGUCGAGACAUCAGCAGGCAACAUGCAGGUAACCACAGGAAGAUAUCACACACUCUUGAUUCAUGACUCGUCUGUGUACUCUUGUGGAUCCAGUUUGUGUGGGGUACUUGGUCAUGGUCAAGAUACAACUCAAUGUGCUGCAUUCAGCCGCAUUAAUUUUCCAUCUGUUUCUCAUGUCAUCCAUAUCUCAGCUUCUCACAACCAUGCAGCAUUUGUAACGCAAACUGGAGAGGUGUUCACUUGUGGUGAUAAUUCAUCAUUUUGUUGUGGUCAUGGAGAAGUGGGCCGCACCAUAUUUAGGCCUACUCGCAUUGAGGCGCUGAAGGGGAUACCCUGCAAGCAGGUUGCCACUGGGUUGAGUUUUACAGUGAUUCUUACAAUGCAAGGCCAAAUUUACACAUGUGGGAGCAACACACAUGGCCAACUUGGUCAUGGUGAUACUGUUGACAGGCCAACUCCUAGGAAUAUUGAAUAUUUUGAGGGGCUGGGACAUGUAGUGCAGAUAUCUGCUGGUGCAAGUUAUACUUUUGCUGUCACUUAUGAUGGAAGAAUUCAUUCAUUUGGUUCCUGUAACAACUUUUGCCUUGGCCAUGGGGAUCAACAUGAUGAACUUGUUCCACGUGUCAUCCAGUCAUUUAGGAGGAGGAAUAUUCAUAUACUACGCGUGUCUGCUGGAGAUGAGCAUGCAGUGGCACUUGAUUCAAGUGGAUAUGUAUAUACAUGGGGUAGAGGCUACUGCGGCGCCCUAGGCCAUGGGGAUGAGAAUGAUAAGACCAGUCCAGAACUGUUGGCCACUCUGAAGGGUCACCUCGCUGUGCAGGUGUGUGCAAGGAAAAGAAAAACUUUUGUGCUCACAGAUGAAGGUUCAGUUUUCGCCUUUGGGUGGAUGGGUUUUGGUAGUUUAGGAUUUUCUGAUCGAGGAAGCUCUGACAAGGUUAUGAAGCCACGAGUCCUCGAUAGCUUGAAAUCCCACCAUGUAACCCAAAUCAGUACUGGACUCUACCACACUGUCGGAGUUACUAAUAGAGGUCUAGUAUUUGGCUUCGGGGACAACGAGAGGGCACAGCUUGGGCAUGAAAAGAUGCGAGGUUGCUUAAAGCCAACAGAAAUAGUUGUUCAGAGGACAAUGGAUGAUAUAGCGAUUGCAGCACAAAGUGGGUGAAGAGUUUCUUCUCUACGAGGUGCCUAUAUUCUUACAUUUGUUUAGCAUCUCAAUGCAUUUUGUUUAGCUUAUAACGGAAUUGUUCUUUCCUCAUAGUAUUGUGUCUUAGUCUCUGAAUAGUUUGAUUGAAGUGUCAAAUGUAGAGGUGUCAUGGACUAUAAUAAUGUAGUUUGUCAGGGCCCAUGUUAAAUCAUGCGUAAGCAAGUGCAAAAUUUGGUAUCAGAAAUGUAAACCAGUUGUUUUGGCUGUUGAUUUGUCAUGCGUUAUUGGAUUGACUGCA